UACAUAUAAAAAGAGUUCCAAAAGAAAAGCGUUCUGCCGUGUGUUACAAACAAUGGAGAAACAGGCUAAGCCCAGAAACAAGAUCCUCAAGUUCUUGCCCAAGGCGGCUUCAUCUGUGAGUGUCAGCUUUCAAAACCAUCCGUUCAGCCAGGCGAAGCAUAAAGCCUUUGCAGGGAAAGGAUUCUCCGGUCCUAUCGUUUCGAUGAUUCCGGCCGAAGCUCGAAGGAAACCCAAGGCUGAAACCUUCGAAACUCAAGAACCAACUUCACCCAAAGUUUCAUGCAUGGGACAGAUCAAGCACAAGAAGAGUAUUAAGAAAGGUAAGCGCGUUUUGCCUCCUAAACAUAAAGCUUCGACGAAUCCCGUCUCUGAAUCUUCUUCUUCUGGGGAAGUAAAGAAGCAUGAGUCCAAGUUUAGGCGGUUUUUCAGCAUGCCGAAACCGAAAAAGAAACCUGAGAAUGCACCGAAAUUGGCUGAUACAGCGCCCUCUCUGGGGCAAAUGAGGCGGUUUGCAAGUGGGCGUGAUGCUUUUGCUAGUUUCGACUGGACGACUCAGAUUGCACCUGUGGAAGCUGAUUGUCGUAGGGAUUAUUACUCCGAUGAUGAAGAAGAGAGAAGAGAUAGUGAUUUUGAACAGGAAGACGUUAUCAUUCCUUUCUCAGCACCAAUCACGGUUGGUGGCGGUGGUGGUGGUAGUGGGGCGACUUUGCAGCCAAGGAAAGAAAUUAAUAUAUGGAAAAGAAGAACCAUGAACCCACCUAGACCCCUUAAAUUGAAUCCCACAGCCACCACAGAAUGAUCUUUUAAUAUAUUCUUUCGUUUUUGAUCCCUUUUGCCCUCCUUGUUCUUUCUUAUUGUUUCUUAUAUACAGAGUACUGCGGAUAUAGAUUGAUAAAACAUGGCGAAAUCUGUAACAUAAUUGAAUCUGAUGAUUCCUGGUUUCUGUAUAGAUAAAAUAUAAAAUAUCGCUUGAGCACUGCUUCUUCUUCCU